AUGGACCUGUACAAGCUAGCUUUCCUCCUGCUUGCCCUGAUCUGCACUGUUAGUGGUACCGAGGUGGACGGCUACUCUAAAACUGAAGGAGCUUGGAUCCUCUCGCUGCAGAGAAAACAGUUCUCAACAAACACUGUGCCCGAGUGUGCCGCCAAAUGUGACUCUGAAACAUCCUUCACAUGCAGGUCGUUCAUGUAUAUUGAAAAGGACCAAGAGUGUUGGAUAGCAGCAGCAAACUCUAAAUCAGAGACUAUGCUGCGAAGAAAUAGCGCAGUAUUAUAUGAAAAAAAAGGAUACCUCCUGGAGUGCGUAAAUGGAUUAGGAACAGAUUACAGAGGAACAAAGACCAAAACAAAAACAGGAAAGACGUGUCAGAGAUGGGCAGCAAGAUACCCACACAGGCCGAACUUCACACCGGAUGAACACCCACGAGCAGACCUGGAGUCUAACUUCUGCAGAAACCCUGAUGCAGACAGCGGGGGCCCCUGGUGUUACACCACCGACUCCAACACCCGCUGGGAAAACUGCAAUGUGACCAGCUGCACUGAGGAGUGUAUGCACUGCAGCGGCGAGGACUACAGAGGCAAAAUCUCAACUACAGAAAGCGGCUUCACCUGCCAGCGCUGGGACUCCCAGAAACCUCAGAACCAUGGCUACAGCCCCACCACUCUUCCAGAGAAGUAUCUUGAGGAGAACUACUGCAGAAACCCGGAUGGAGACCCCAAACCGUGGUGCUUCACCACCAGCCCCGCCAAACGAUGGGACUUCUGCUCCAUACCGCGCUGCGCGUCCGAGCCUCCCACCAUCGUCCCGGACCUGACCUGCGUCACCGGUGAAGGUGGAGCGUACCGAGGGACGAUUGCUGUGACGGAAUCUGGCAAGACGUGCCAGAGCUGGUCGACACAGACGCCACAAAAACACAACCGCUCGCCAGACAACUACCCCUGCAAAGGCCUGGAUAGCAACUACUGUCGUAACCCCGACAACGAGAGGAAGCCCUGGUGUUACACCACGGACCCUGAGACCCGCUGGGAGUACUGCAAGGUGGCGAGCUGUGGGGACGCAGCCGGACCAGAUGAGCCAGUGAUCCCCCCACAGGAGGAGGACUGUUAUGAUGGGGAUGGGACAAGUUACCGUGGUGUAACAUCAGAGACCAUCAGUGGGAAAAGAUGUCAAAGCUGGAGCGCCAUGACUCCUCACAGCCACCAAAAAACUCCACAGAACAUCCCCAAAGCAGACCUCAGGAGGAAUCUGUGCAGGAACCCUGACGGAGACAAAGCUCCCUGGUGUUACACUACGGACCCCGGUGUCCGCUGGGAGUACUGCAACUUGGAAAAAUGCUCCACCAAUCCUACGGGUGUUAAACCCACACCCAGACCUACUGCUCCCCAGAAACCAUCAACUGCCACCCAGACCCCACCGCAGAGAGACUGUAAGGCUGGUAAUGGAGAUACAUACCGGGGUCCAACCUCCAUCACCAUUCUGGGUGUGACCUGCCAGGCCUGGAGUGCUCAGAGCCCUCACCAACACACCAGCUUCACCACACAAUCUCACCCUACUAGGGGUCUGGAGGGCAAUAAAUGCAGAAACCCAGAUGGCGAUGUGAACGGGCCGUGGUGCUACACCACUGACAGGAACAAGAAAUGGGACUACUGCCAGAUCCCUGACUGUGCCGGAUUGAAAUGUGGAACGCCAGUCAUCAAACCAAAGCGCUGUUUUGGUCGGAUUGUAGGAGGCUGCGUGUCUAAAGCUUACUCAUGGCCAUGGCAAAUCAGCCUCCGGACCAACACGGGGAUACAUUUCUGUGGAGGAACUCUGGUUCACGCCGAGUGGGUCCUUACUGCGGCACACUGCCUGGAAAGGUCCAAACGGCCUUCAGCCUACAAGGUGCUCCUGGGUGUCCACACAGAGAGAGCCAAUGAGCCGUCCAAACAAGAGAGGAACCUGAACAAACUGAUACUGGGACCCAAUGGAGCCGACAUCGCUCUGCUCAAACUGGAGAGCCCGGCGCUUAUAAAUGACAAAGUCCUGCCAGUCUGCCUGCCGGAGAAGGACUUCAUCGUUCCCAGUGGAACCGAGUGUUAUGUCACCGGAUGGGGUGAAACUCAAGGUACCGGGGGAGAAGGCAUCCUGAAGGAAACUGGUUUCCCUGUGAUCGAGAACAAGAUCUGCAAUCGGCCAUCGUACCUAAACGGCAGAGUCAAAGACCACGAGAUGUGUGCUGGUAACAUCGAGGGAGGAACAGACAGCUGCCAGGGUGACAGCGGCGGCCCUCUGGUGUGUCACUCCAAUAACCGGUACCUCCUGCAGGGCGUGACAUCAUGGGGCCUGGGAUGCGCCAAUGCCAUGAAGCCCGGCGUCUACGCUCGAGUCUCCAAGUUUGUCGACUGGAUCGACAGAACCAUCAAAGCCAAUUAA